AGCGCAAGCAUUUGGUGCAUCAGAACACGCGCACGCGCGUCACGGAGCGUAUCCCCCGGGCCGAUCGCGGCCGAUCGCGGCCGCGGCGGCGAUGCCAUCACAGCUGCUCCACGGAGACUUGGCCUCGCCAGCCUCGACACCGCCGCUGGGGGAUGACUUCGCCGAAGAGAUGCGGGACCUGCGAAAUUUCAUCGAGGCGUCCUUCGUCAAGCAAUCCUUGCAUUUCGAAGAGAUCAUGGAAAGCCUACGGCACGAAAGCCUCCGGCAGGCCCCGCAGCCCAAGCGACAACCCACGGCGGUGUCCACAUUGGCCAGGGCCGGCUUUCGGAAAUCCUACUCAACUACGACCUUAGAGACAGAGAUUAUGGACAUGUCUGCAGAUAUUGAAGAUGAGACUGAGACUGCGAUCAUUCGGCCUCCAAAAAGACCUUCCGUGCAUGAAGAGAGGUUUGGUGUGGAGGAGCCAAGCACCCAUAGAGUCAGCGGAGCGCUGCAAGUCCCCGUCUCGGGCACUCGGGAAGGCUCCAAGACCAAUUCCGAUGUCACGGAGGACGAAGUUCAAGAUGCAGACUCGUCGGCCAGCAAAGGCAAAACCGCACGCUUCAGUGACGAACCCAGGCCUGGAGCUCGCACUCCGCGGCCCACCAGUCACAGCCGCAGCAUAUCCGAGGACACCUUUGUGCAGAGCAACAUGCGAAAGACCAUGAAAAGUGCCGAGGCGGCGAUUGAAACCUCCAUCGGCAGCAUGAAGCGCUUCAGUCAGGGUUUGAAUCGAGCCGAUACCCUGGAGAUCGAUGUGAGUGAGAUUUCAAGGUGGAGACAUUUCUGCUUGCGGGUGGUUUCGGCUAACGCCUUCACCAAUUGCAUCAUGCUGCUGAUCCUGGUGAAUUUGGUGCUUUUGGGCGUGGAGAUCCAAGUGGCCACCACACUGGGCCAAUUCGAUGUCCCACGGUGGUUUGGCAUAAUCAAUACCGUCAUCGUGUGCAUCUUCAUUUUGGAAAUCUCUCUGAAGUUCGUUGCCUAUGGAGUGAAGGGACUCCUAUGUGGCAAGGAUGCCUUUUGGAACAACUUGGAUUUCCUGGUGAUUGCAGCCUCCGUCCUCGAGACAGCAGUGGAAAUCUGGGACCUGUCCUUGAGUGCCACCCACGGAACCAGUUCAGCACACCUGCGCAUCAUGCGGACGAUGCGAUUGAUUCGCGCUCUGCGCGGGAUCAGGGUCAUACGACUGCUACGGUAUGUCAGUGCCUUGCGAACCCUGGUGUUCUCCAUCGUCAGCACCACAGGCUCAUUGAUGUGGACCUUGGUGUUGCUCUCUCUCCUCUUUUACAGCUUCGGCGUGAUUCUCACACAAAUAGUCAGUGACCAUUGCAGGUUUGAAGCCAUCCGGAUCACGGAGGACGACAACGCGCUACCCAACUGCAAAGACAUCGACGAGCUUCUCCACAGAUAUUGGAAUGAUGUUCCGGAGAGCGUUUGCACGCUUUUCUUGGCCAUCACUGGUGGUUUGAGUUGGGAUGAUGCCUUUCGACCACUUCGUUUUUCACCUUUGGCGGUUGUCCUUUUGGUGCUGUAUAUCAUCGUGACCGUCUUCGCGGUGUUAAAUGUGGUCACAGGAGUUUUCUGCAACACCGCGAUUGAAAGCGCCCAGUCCGACAAGGACAUCGCCAUUAUGAAGCAAAUGCGCAAGCAUGAUGCUCAGGUUCAGGCCUUGCGGCAUAUCUUCAAAGAGAUUGAUCACGACAAAUCGAUGCAUGUGACUCUGGCAGAGCUGAAGGAAGCUUUGUCAGCCAAGAAGUUGUCGAGCUUCAUGGAGUCCAUGGGCAUUUCCACCCAGGAUGUCAGCACCCUUUUCAUGAUUAUCGAUACGGACAAGAGUGGUAUGAUUGACCUUGAAGAGUUUGUCUCGGGCUGCAUGCAGCUGCAUGGUCCAGCCAAAAGCUUGCAGCUUGCACAGAUGAGCCACGAGAACCGAGUGACUCGCCAGGUCAUCAAACAUUUGGCCAAUUCCAUUUCCUCCAUCAAGAAGCAGAUGAGCUCGGUCCUCGAGUUCUUGGAGGAUCGACCUGUCGGCACUGCUUGUGCUGUUUGAGUUUCGCAGAAUGGCCGGGACUCGGAGUUGACCUGAGGAGUCUCCGUUCCAGGAGCGAGCGUUUUGCAGAGUUGACAUGG